AGCACGUCUUCAACGUUACUGGAUUUUUAUUAUCUUCAUCGCUGUUUAUUUUUCUUACGACUACAAUAUUUUUUAUUUUCACUUAAAGAACGGUUUCAGUGUGGGCAGAGCAACGCAGUAGUCAUAUUAAACAUAGUUUUAAAUUAUAAAUGUGUAGUUAUCUGUGUACUGUGCAUAUUUUGGAUUUGUGGCGCUUACGUAUGCAACCGUUCUUGCACUUCUAAAUAUCAUAUACCCUUGUAUAUUGAUGCUUCUAAAGAGUAAAUUGUUUUAAAAUGUGCUUUUGACAGCUCCGCAAUCCUGGACUACAACCAUUUUUCGCGAUCUGAUUAAAGACGAAAUCCAAGUAAAAAAUCUAUUCGAGAUAUAAACGAUAUAUUACAUUUGACAGCGGUGUUUACAGAUAUCACUGGAACUCGCAAGCUUAUGCGAGAGAAGUUAAGUUGUUACAACAACCUGUAAAAGGUAGCUUACUGUAAUCGUUAUUAUAUUUGUCGGCAUGCUCGUCUCCGUCGUUGGACUGCUGUACUUUUACGCACUGGGUUGUGGGAGAAUUGUGCGAGGUCAUGACGCCAAGGGUACCCGCUUCGUUUGCAGCGCGAUCCCUAAAAACGUGGAUCCGGGCUGCUCGCUUCCCCCGAAUCCCAUGCAGAGCACGAGCGCGCAGGAGGACGAGCUGAGGGGCACGGUCAUGCAGCUGCGCGAGACCGUUCUGCAGCAACGGGAGACCAUCGUCAACCAACAGGGCACAAUCAAGGAACUGACCUCAAAACUUUCGCGCUGCGAGACCGCCGCCCUGGACACACUGCAUGACGGAAAAUAUCCAGGGUCAUGGAGACAAGACGGCAAAAACACCAUGGGAGACCUCCCCCGGGACCCGACUGAGACUAUCGACCACCUCGGGAAGACCAUGCAAAGUCUUAAGGACCGGCUCGGGAAUUUGGAGCAGCAGAUACGGGUGAACGGGUCUGCAGCGGGGCAGUCCAGCGAGAUGCGGGAGGUGCUGAAGAGCCGGCUGAGUGAGCUGGAGAAGCAGCUCCUGGGCAAAGUGGCCGAGCUGGAGGAGGAGAAGUCCCAGCUGUACAACGAGACCACGGCCCACCGCCAGCGCACCGAGACCACCCUCAACCAGUUGCUGGAGAGGAUCACAGAGCUGGAGAAAGGAAGCAGCAAGUUUAAAUCCCCGGAGGAGUUCAAGCUGUCCCUGCCGCUGCGCACUAACUACCUGUACGGGCGCAUCAAGAAGAGCCUGCCCGAGAUGUACGCCUUCACCAUCUGCAUGUGGCUGAAGUCCAGUGCCAGCCCCGGCAUCGGCACCCCCUUCUCCUACGCCGUGCCCGGCCAGGCCAACGAGAUCGUGCUCAUCGAGUGGGGCACCAACCCCAUGGAGCUGCUGGUCAACGACAAGGUGGCACAGCUGCCCCUGUCAGUGAGCGACGGGCACUGGCACCACGUCUGCAUCACCUGGACGACCAGGGACGGGUACUGGGAGGCCUACCAGGACGGCGAGAAGCUGGGAUCCGGCGAGAACCUGGCCCCCUGGCACCCAAUUAAACCAGGAGGAGCCAUCAUCCUGGGCCAGGAGCAGGACAUCGUAGGGGGUCGCUUCGAUGCCACGCAGGCGUUCGUGGGGGAGCUGAGCCAGUUCAACGUGUGGGACCGCGUCCUGCGGCCGGCCGACAUCGAGGGCCUGGCCAACUGCUCGUCCUACAUGCCGGGGAACGUGGUGCCCUGGGUGGACAGCAACGUGGAGGUGUUCGGCGGCGCCACCAAGUGGGCGCUGGAGAUGUGCGAGGACAGGCUGUACGACUCGUAA